UUUUUCUGCCCCUUCAAUGCCUUAAGUCCCACAAUCCUCAGCAGUGUUUCAAAAUCAAGUAAAAUCUCUUGUCAUGAGUUGUGAAUGUCAUCAGUUGAUGGGUGUGAGAAAGAGAAAAGAGGACGUUGCCGGCAAACGGGGACACGCAAGAAACACUCAACAUUCAGCUGUGCAAUACAGAGUCAGUGCUCGGUCUGCCAUGCCGCGGUCGUUCCUCGUCAAGAGUAAAAGGACUCAUGUCCUCGGCUCAUCUAAGGACUUCUGUAGACCACGUUCCCGGCCCCAGACAGACGCCCACCAGCCUGUGCAGCAGGCCAGGGGACAGGACGGCAGGUGUCCAGAAGAUGAUGUGCAGCCUUUGUCCCCCAUGUUAGGGCUCAAAGAGCGUCUGGCUGAAGCCUGCUCACCAUGGGACGGGAUGGCAGUCCAGUCUUACUCUGACCCCAGAAAUGAGCUUUGGCCUUCAGCCCCGGUGGAGAACAGAGACGCUCCUCAGUUAUCCUCGCCUUGGACGGCGGACAGACACCCGGCUUCUGAAAGAGAGAGACAACUGGAGCGCCUGGUCUUCAUUUUAGUAAACCACACAUCGCACACCAACCUCAAAUCCCCUGUCAGCGAGUGCCCGCUCUGUGAAAAGUCUCUUUCAGAAGUGUUAAUAUCAGGAGGUGGCCCGCAGGCUCAUCUUCUCAACACCCUCUCUGUCCCAUUGACCAGAUCCCCCACCGCCAGCGACAUGCCAAUGGGCUUCAGAGCGAUAAGCAGCUACGGUAGAGCUAAGGACCGUAGCUUUGGCUGCACGGUGUGUGGAAAGGUGUUCAAGCGCUCGUCCACCCUGUCCACACACCUCCUCAUCCACUCCGACACGCGGCCUUACCCCUGCCAGUACUGCGGGAAAAGGUUCCACCAGAAAUCAGACAUGAAGAAACACACCUUCAUACACACAGGUGAGAAACCACACGUGUGCAAGGUGUGCGGUAAAGGAUUCAGCCAGAGCUCCAACCUCAUCACCCACAGCCGAAAGCACAGCAGUUACCGGCCGUUCAGCUGCGUCCGCUGCAAGCACACCUUCCAGCGCAGGGUGGACCUACAGCGCCACCAGCAGGCGCAGUGUGGCUAUGAAGACAUGCUCACUCAACAGCCCAUGAAGCAAUAAAGUGAUGGCCUUUUUGUACAUAAUGUUCAAUCAUUCAUAUUUGUAAAACUCAGAAGAAUACACAUGUGAUGAUGUCUCUGAUACUCAGAAG